CUUUCUGGAAAAGGAGGAGGAACAGGAGACUGUGAUGGUGUGUGUGUGUGUGAGAGAGAGAGUAUGCAGCCAUACACAUGCUGGUUGGCAUGGACACACGACAGGCAAAUGGAAAAGAAAAAUUCUAAAGAUUCUGCUUCCUUCCAGUUCAUAAUCAGGUCUUCUCUGUGGCUUUGCUGCUGCUGAUAGUAUCAUGGUAACAGCUCAAAACGCUGUCAGAUCUGUCCUCCUGCUAGUUUGCUGUGCUGUUCUCUGCUCCUCUAUAGGGCCUCCUUUGCUGUCUUCCUAUGCCAAGACAGAAGACAAGCUGUUUAAACAUCUCUUCAGCAAUUACCAGAAAUGGGUGAGACCAGUGGAGGAUCUAAACAGAACGGUGCAGGUGAAAUUUGGUCUGGCUAUCUCCCAGCUCGUGGAUGUGAAUGAGAAGAACCAGCUAAUGACAACCAAUGUUUGGGUGAAGCAGGAAUGGACAGACAUGAAGCUCAGAUGGAAUCCGGAUCAUUAUCUGGGCAUCACCUCCAUCAGAGUUCCCUCAGACUCCAUCUGGAUUCCUGACAUUGUGCUCUAUGACAAUGCAGAUGGUAAUUUCGAGGCCACAGUGACAAAAGCGGUGGUGAGAUAUGACGGCACUAUCUCCUGGACCCCCCCUGCUAACUAUAAAUCUGCAUGCACCAUCGAUGUGACGUUCUUUCCCUUUGACCUUCAGAACUGCUCCAUGAAGUUUGGCUCCUGGACCUACGAUGGUUCCCAGGUGGACAUUCUCCUUGAGGAUGUACAUGUAGACAAACGUGACUAUUUUGACAACGGUGAAUGGGAGAUUGUGAAGGCCACAGGUAUCCGGGGUUUGAGAAGUGAUGGAACCUUUUUCUAUCCAUCCAUCACUUACUCCUUUAUUAUCAGACGUCUUCCUCUUUUCUACACACUCUUCCUCAUCAUUCCCUGCAUUGGAUUGUCUUUCCUGACCGUGCUGGUGUUUUAUCUCCCAUCUAACGGAGGAGAGAAAAUCUGCCUCUGCACGUCUGUCCUCGUCUCUCUUACUGUCUUCCUUCUGGUGAUAGAAGAGAUCAUCCCUUCCUCCUCAAAGGUGAUUCCUCUCAUUGGAGAAUAUCUAGUCUUCACUAUGAUCUUCGUCACACUUUCCAUCGUCAUCACUGUCUUUGCCAUUAACAUCCAUCAUCGCUCCUCAUCCACUCAUCACAGCAUGGCGCCCUGGGUCCGCCGUAUCUUUCUGCACCACCUGCCUAAACUGCUCUGCAUGCGCAGCCAUGUGGACCGCUACGCCACAACAGCUGCGAGAAACGGAGGAGAAGGGCUGGGCUAUGGGAAGAGUUCGGGCCAGGAUACCACUCCUCUGCUCAAUGCAGAACAUAGUCUGCGGGCAGCCUUAGAAUCUAUACGCUACAUCACACUUCAUGUGGUGAAGGAGAAUGACGUCAGAGAGGUUGUUCAGGACUGGAAGUUUGUGGCCCAGGUUCUGGAUCGGGUUUUCCUGUGGGUGUUUCUCUUAGUAUCACUGCUUGGCUCUGCUCUGCUUUUCAUUCCUGUCAUCUAUAAAUGGGCCAACAUCAUUGUUCCCAGCUAUAACACGUGAAUGUAUAAAAUUGAAAAAUCUUUGGAUUGGAUAACGUUUUUGCAUUAUUAUAUUUAUAACUGUCUCCUCAAAACAUCUAUGCAACUUGUGGCAAUUGAGCGCUGUCAUUUAUGCUGUAACAUGCUGCAUCACAUUAUAUGUUGUAUGCUGAUUUCAUUACAAUACAAAUUACAAUAAUAAUGACUGUGUUAAAGUUAUUGUACUUCAUGAAAAUGUUAUAAAAACUCCUAAAGGUUAUAUAUAAUCAUGGAUUUACUAGGCUGUAAUGUUAACCAUAAUGUAAGUCAUAAUACAUAAUAAGUCCCACUUCAACUUCCUGUUCAUAUAUAAUAUGCACGCUCCGGAUUCCUGUUUAAUAGAAAAUACAUCAGUACAGGACAAACUUAUCAAGUUAUUUCAUUGGAUAAAGAGUUUUACAGGAAUUGCUCAGACUACAAUAAAAAAUUGCUGAAAAUUUC